UCCUCUCUUCUUCUACGUAACUCUGCAUCUUUUUAGUGUCUCUCUCAUUUUCACUACCAGAAAAAUUAGGGUUUACAUUUUUCCAAUGACGUCUGAAACUUCUUCGCAACCGUCUACGUACAGUCUUCCUCACUUUGAUUCACUCUCGGAGCUGAAGAUGUAUCUUGUGAUAAAUAAGAGAAGCAAUAAAGUGUUGUACGCUCAGGCCAACAAAGAAGUGGUAGAUUUCAUAUUCGAUAUACUCAGCUUAUCAGUUUUGGAUUCCAUCAAAAUUGUGAGUGAUUCCGAAGCUGGGCUGUAUGGAAACAUCCUUAAGAGUAUCACCAAUCUAGAUGUGAAAUGUAAACUUCCUGUUAGCAUUUACAAAUCCUACCACAUGUUCAUCCUUUUGGAAGGUGGAAAUGGUUCAGCCUCUACUAAUCCUUCAAUCUACUCUGGCUACGUGAAGAAAGAUUUAGGUUAUUAUUACCUGAUAAAUGAUGAUCUUACUAUUAAGAGAUAUGAUCGCUUGUUUCUGUAUGAUCUAAACUUUGAUUUAAAUCCUGAGGGUAAGGAAGAAAGAGUAGUUAUCAUGACUAAAGUAAAGGCUACUAAUUUCAUCAAAGCUUGCAUGAGAGGCUCAACAACUGUUUUUACGGAUGUGUUUCUGGACAACGAGGCUGUUGAUUCUGAAGAUUGAUGAUGUUACUACAACGUCAUGUCGAAUUAAAUUUGUGGAUUGGAUGCAAGGAACCCAACAUUAGUUCUUCUAUAAUUUCUGAUUGUGUGUUUUAUCCUGUUUGAUAGAUUGAAAAACCAAGAGAUACAGGUCGGUAUGCAUGGCUUUCUUCUGGCAACUUUGCUAUAUAACCACUUGGUGUUAAAUCUUUAUUCUGUUAACUUAAGACUAUAGACUAUAGUUAUAUUGUGGAAAUCUUCCGUGAGUUUUGGACCAAUUUCUCCUUUGUUGUGAUCUCACUUGAAACAGUUACCCUUAAAUCUUGUUUUAGAGAAUCAAACUUGGGGUUGUUAAUCUUCCUAUUACUCUAUUACUCUCUAUUUAAUGUAAUUUCCUUCCCUUUUUUUUCUCACAAAAGCCUAUACAUAAAAGCCUAUACAUCAUUCAAUUUUAAUUUUUCUCACAAAAUUUAUGAAAAAGAAACUUAUUAUACUCCUUGUAGUUAUCACUUUGAAAACAUUAAAUACAUUUUUCAGAUUGUGUUCUAAUGUGAUAUUGCAAAAUUGGAGAAAAAUGAAGCGAACUUGAGAUUUGUUUGUUAGGGAAAAGUCCACAAAAAAUGGUAAAAUUAUCAUGGAAUAAAAUAUAAUAGCGAUGAUUAUUGGAACUAAGA